AUGAGUGGUAUAAUUGAAGCGUCUUCUGCUUUGAGGAAGAGAAAACAUUUGAAGAGGGGGAUCAAUUUCACUUUGAUGGUUGUUGGUCAAAGUGGUAAUGGUAGAUCAACUUUUAUUAAUACUUUAUGUGGUCAACAAGUUGUUGAUGUUUCUACAACUGUGAUGUUGCCUACUGAUAAUUCAGUUGAAAUUCCAGUUCAAUUGAGGGAAGAGACUGUUGAAUUGGAAGAUGAGGAGGGGGUAAAGAUUCAAUUAAAUAUUAUUGAUACACCUGGAUUUGGUGAUUCGAUAGAUAACACUCCUUGUUUUGAACUGAUUGCAGAUUAUGUUCGUCACCAGUAUGAUGAGAUUCUGUUGGAAGAAAGUCGUGUUAGAAGAAAUCCAAGAUUUAAAGAUGGUAGAAUCCAUGCUUGUUUAUAUAUGAUCAGUCCAACUGGUCAUGGUUUGAAGGAAAUGGAUGUAGAGUUUAUCAGACAACUAGGUACUUUAGUGAACAUAAUUCCAGUUGUUUGUAAAGCAGAUUCUUUAACUGUAGAUGAGGUUAAAUUGAACAAAAAAUUGAUUAUGGAAGACAUUGAUAGAUUCAAUUUACCUAUUUACAAUUUCCCAUUCGAUGAAGAAGACAUAUCUGAAGAAGAUUACGAAACAAAUAUGUAUCUACGUUCUCUAUUACCAUUCUCAAUCAUCGGUUCAAACGAUGUUUUCGAUUCUGGUGAUGGUACUUUAAUUCGUGGAAGAAAAUAUCCUUGGGGGAUUAUCGAUGUUGAAGAUUCCUCGGUUUCAGAUUUCGUAGUAUUGAGAAAUGCAUUGUUGAUUUCACAUUUAAAUGACUUAAAAGAAUUCACUCAUGAGAUAUUGUACGAACGCUAUAGAACAGACGCCUUAUCUGGUGAUUCGACUGCUGCUUUGCCAAGAACAAACCCUGAAACAUCCCAGGUUUCAUCUCCAAUAGUCUCUUCCCAAAAUAGCAAGACACCAGUGGAUCAUUCGGGUGAGCCUUCUUCAGCACCACAAGACACCUAUUUGGCUCGUGAAGAACAAAUCAGGUUGGAAGAAGAAAGGUUAAAGGCAUUCGAAGACAGAGUUCAUCAAGAAUUGCUAUUGAAGAGGAAAGAAUUGUUGGAAAGAGAAAAAGAAUUAAGAGAAAUUGAAGAAAGAUUAGAAAAAGAAGCUAAAUUGAAAAUAGAAGAUGAUAAUGAUAUAUUCCACGAAACAACACAAUAG